AUGAAUAGGGGGAAGAAACCAAAAGAACCCACUUACUCAAAUCUACCCAAAAAACGUAGAAACACGCCGCCGCUAAACAAUCGCGAUAUUAUGCCACCUCCCCCUUCGCAAAAAAAUACGGCUGAAGAUGUGUAUAGGCCACAACGUGUUGAAGUUUUCUUGAAUAGUAUGGAUCCAUUGUUUUUCGAUUCUGUCCCGUCAAGUGUGCAACCGAAUACCGGGUUUUCGGGUUUUGCGAAUGAAACUCAAACCGGGUUUUCGGGUUUCGCGGGUGGUUCAUCAUCACACUUCGCGACUCAGCAGGUAAAGAGAGUGUCGAAAUUGGGGGAGGAUGAAGAGGCGUGUUUGGCAAAAGCUUGGUUAAACGUUUAUGAGGAUCCAUACGUCGGAAACGCUCAAACGGCGGGUUCGUUUUGGAAGAAGGUGAAGUUUCAGUUGGACUCACACUUGAACCGUGAGUCGGGACGUACCCCUGAAAUGUGUCGGUCGAAAUGGAAGGAUUUGAAGCAUAAGGUGUCGGGUUUUUGUGGUAUUUACAAUGUGAAGAAAAGUAAGAUGUCGAGUGGCCAAAGUGAAGAGGAUGUGUUUAAGGAGGCCGUGGCAUUGUAUAUGCGGAAAUACAAUAACAAGUCCGGGUUUCCGCAUGUAGAGGCGUGGCAGGUUUUGAGGAGAGGACCGAAAUGGUCGGAGGUUCUUACUUUGGAGGAGAUUUGUGAGGAGUCGGGUAGCAAAAGGGCAAGAACGGAAGGGUCUGUCCAUGUACGUUCAUCAGGGGAGCCGUCGGUCCAUAUUGACUUGAAUGACGACCACUUGGAGCAAGAAGAGGAGGGAGGGAAUGACAUGGAUGAUGCACUAGUACAUCAGGCUAGACCUGUGCCACCCCGCCGUAAAGCUAAGGGUAAGCAGACCACUCCUUCCGCCUCUACUACAUCUGAGGAGUUCUUGAAGAUGGUCGCGGAGUUGAAAUGCGACAAUGAGGAUAAAAAACGAGCUCGGGAGGAGAAGAUGCAGAUGCAGAAGGCGAUGAUGGAUAGCUAUAUGGCGGCGGAGGAGGCUAGGAGGAAACGGGAGGAGGAGAUGACACGGAUGGUCUAG